GCAUUCUGCGGAUGGCACCACCAUGUACAGGGACCGUCGACUCACCCUGGAGCAGCUUGGUGGCACACAAGAGUCGGCCGUGGUCACGCUACCACGCCCGCCACAACUACCACCAUCCACAAGCCGCCGCAUCCGCAUCCUCAGCAAGAACGUGGGCGGGCUGUGCACAUCGACCCAUGACGUCUUCAUGAACUGGCUUACGAGCGCUCGCAACCCCUACGACGUCGUCUUCCUCCAGGAGACACACCACGGACUGGGCCGCGCUUUCACGGAGUACAAGGUUCCUGGAUGGACAGUGAUCUCCAGCCCGGACCCCUCGCACAGAUGGGCAGGAGUCGCACUGUACAUCUCAGAACGUUUGGCAAGAGACCUGAACUGCACCCUCAGCACCGAUGGGCAACAUGUGGGGCCUGGCACAUACCGAGGAGCCGCCCGUGCUGCCUAUCCCAAUGUCAAUGAUGCACAGCAGGCGCGACGCAGCCAGCUCCUGCCCAACUGCGAUUUUCGCCGCGGCGUGAAGGUCACCAAGACCCCGCCAACGGGCCUCUGCAGAAGUACGCUUCGGGAGGCCACCGUCAGCACAGCUGCUGAGCUGACGCGGGUAGUGCAUGACAGCUGUCAGAAGGUGAACCGGGACACGGGUCUGAUAGCCUAUGCCUUUGAGGCUUUCCGCAGGCAUGCAGCCUUUCAGCGAUGCCAGAAGGCUCUUAGGCAGCGUGGACGUGAGCGGCGCAGGGCUCUUGUCCAGGACAUUUUGCAAGAGGCCGAACAGGCUGCUAGCACGGGAGAUAUGCACGCAUUUUACCGUCACGUCCGACGUCUUGCGCCUAAGGCCCCGAGGGAACACAUCCAGAUCAGGGGACCCGAUAAUACCAUCCUCGACCCUGCCCAAGAAUUCCAACAAAUCUACGAGUACUUUACACACCUUUACCAACAAGGCCCCGACACUUGCAAUACCACCUAUGUCCUUCAACAUGACUAUAACAUCACCGAUACAGAGAUCCUGACCAGCCUCAAGCAGCAGAAGGCCGGCAAGGCUGUUCCCCAGGGAAAGGUGCCCCCUGACGUCUGGAAGCGUUGCGCGCAUCUACUGCUGCCGCACGUCAGUGGGCUGUUCCAACAGCACCUGUCCGCUGGUGCUAUUGACCUGCCCACUGACUGGAGAGAUGGAUGGCUCCACCUCCUCCCGAAACCUCAUAAGCCCACCAAAGCCCCGGCUAAUUUGCGGCCAAUUGCCCUACAAUGCCCCCUUGGCAAAUGCCUUGCCCGUAUUAUUAAGACCCGAAUCCUCAAGCACAUCCUCCCCCGCUUGGACCAAGUGCCCCAGUACGCAUACCUGCCCGGACGCAGCACCACCAAUGCCAUCAGCCGAAUCGCAGCAGCGGGAAGCUCGACAGUCAGUCAUUCAUACCUAGCUGCAGCCAUGCGACACCUUGAGAUCGACGAGGAUACCAUACAACUCACCCUUGCCCUUCACCAGGCAUCCUAUCACAUCACGCACCACCAGCACGAGGGUAGCAUAGCUCUGCGGAAUGGAAUUAGGCAAGGGUGCGUUCUGUCACCGCUGCUGUGGGUUUGUGUCACGACGUACAUGCUUCAUUGCCUCUCCCAGCGCACCAGCCCGGAGUGGGUUCGUGACGAAGUGACGGCUUUUGCAGACGAUUUCAUCUGCUCCUUCACCCUACACAAAGUUGAGGACGCCCAACUCAUGUCCCAGCGCAUCCAGCAACUCUUCCUUGUACUACGGGAGGCCGGAAUGCAGGCGAAUGCAGAGAAAUCACAUUUUCUUGUCAAAGCCGUCGGCGGCCCGCUGCACAGAUGGCUAGCAAAGCGCAGCUUCCGUCAGCGUGACGCCCUCUUCUAUGAUAUGGGAACACCCUUUGAGCCCCUCAAGCUCGCUUACUCCUCCUCUAUUGACUAUUUAGGGCCACUGCCCUCGACAGGCCUGCCGGUAGGAUUUCAGAAUCACAUACUCAGACAGUGCCCUGCCAUGACAGCUGAAGUCUCCAAAACCUCGAACUCGCAGGCGACCCCCUCGGCCAGUGUCCCCGUUCCGCAGUGCGCUGCAGGGGAGGCUACUGCCGAGGCAGCACCAGCACCGCUGCCCCUUUUUGACCAGCCUGACACGAGAUCAGCAGAUCAGCUCUGGACACCGAUUGGGUCUCUUUUGCUGAAAACCAUGGCCAAGAGGCUCAAGAAUCAUAUCCGCCGCAUGCACCCCAGCCAUUGGUCACAUCGUGAUGCCGUAAUCCGUAGGCUCAAGGCCCACUACCGGCUUCGCUACAAAGGAAGAGGUCAACCAGUGCUUCGGACACCCCUCCGUGCGAUGGCGACCCAGGAGGAUGCAGCGGCAACGAAGCGCUCGCCCCCUCGGGAAGAGGGGCCGGAGCGAUGGCAGCGGGAAUGGCACGGGGAGGAACAGACCUUAAGCCAGAAGAUCAGCGGGGACGAGCUGAGGGAGGCGGUGGGCUUUCUGGCGAGGCUAGCCCUCAAGCACGAGGACACGGAGGCGGCCCUACGCUCCGACACUUCUUUCAUGCUCUACUUCAACACCCGCGGAAUGACGAUCACCCGCGCGCUCUACAACAUUGCCCAGGAAUGGCGCAGACUCAAGGACGAGGGCAAGAUCAACCAGUCCCUCCGCGUCACCUUGAUCAUCGGGAUGCUCACGGCAGUGAAGGAGAAGAUGCAAACAGCCCUCCACGAGGAGGCCAACCCGCCUGCCUGGGCGUACAUGACGUACAACCAGGAAAAGGAAGAGCAGGAGGUGGACGCGAUCAAGCCUCCCCUACCACACGCACAAGCAGAGGCCACCAUCCAGCGCAUCUUCGAACUGAUUUCGAUGAACGGCCUCCUGAUGAAAUUUCAUGCGACGCGACCCAUGGCUCCCACCUACCGCUCGGAAGUGCUCCCCUUUGUCCUCAUGGUGUCAAACCGCGGCGCCCUGGCGGACGAGCUGCACGGCCUGUUCAGUACUCUGUGCAACAACGCCUGCCUUUCCCUCAUCGGGGUCAGGAUGAGGCCGGAUCGCAUGAAGCGUCAGCCCCUAGCGGUCAAGCUGGGCCAAUGCGCCGAGAGCCUCAUGGACGCCACCAAUCCGUACCGGGGCCAGCAGCAGCAGGAGGCCUCACAGCCGUCGGAGCCCAAACCAGCGGAGGAGAAGGAGAAGGAGCCGGAACUUUAG